CAAUAGUAAUGUCCUAGAAAUUGUAUUACACUUGUUUAGAAGUACAGCUAUCUGGCCAAAUUUAGGCGAGGUUUGCUAUUUUGUUAUACUAUCAAUUCGAUGAAUUGUCGGUUCGUACAAUGAUUGAAAGGGCAUUUGGCCAAUGCUGGGUACAAUUUUAUUUGAGGAGGUGGUUCCAGGAAGAGUAGUUUCAUUUUCCUGUAAUGGCGGACAACGGAGACGGUGAAAGUACUGGGUUUAACGAUAACAGGAUGGCGCAGCAGCAGACGCUGCGUUUCCGCGGGCCUGCUCCUCCGCCAACCCCAGUGAUGCGCGGUCCGCCCCCACUUCUCAGACCCCCGCCUCCCCCCUUUGGGAUGAUGAGAGGGCCUCCACCACGGGGACCACCGUUUGGGCGUCCACCGUUUGACCCCAGCAUGCCUCCAAUACCCCCACCAGGAGGCAUGCCCCCGCCCCUCGGACCCCCCCACCUACAGAGACCUCCUUUUAUGCCCCCUCCAAUGGGCAGUAUGCCCCCACCCCCAGGGAUGCUGUUCCCCCCUGGGAUGCCCCCAGUUCCAGCAGCUGGAGCCCCUACUCUGCCUCAUAGUGAGGAGAUCUGGGUGGAGAACAAGACGCCUGAGGGAAAGGCGUACUACUACAACGCCAGGACCCGAGAGUCAGCCUGGAGCAAACCUGAAGGGGUGAAGGUGAUCCAGCAGUCAGAGCUCAACCCCAUGAUGGUGACCCCCGCUGGGACUGGAGGCUCGUCCAGCAGCAGCUCAGCAGCCUCCACUGCGUCCGCCAGCCCUUCCCCAGUGUCCACGCAGGCCCCGUCCCCGUCUCGCACCAUGACUGCCAGUCCAGACUCCAACAGCACCACCAGCACGUCUGUGUCGCAGACCAUCGCCACUUCUGCCCCUGCAGACCUGCAGUCCUCGGCCCCUGCCCCCUCCAGCGUGGGAGUGACCCCGAUGACCGUGGUCAGUGUAACCACGGUGGCGUCGCCGGUGACACCGGUCCAGACCAUGUCCCUGCUGCCCCAGAGUCUCCCGGCUGCCAUGCCCCAUAACAUGUCCCAGCCGCACUCGGCGGCCACCAUCCCCGGGUUCCCUCCAGGCGUCAUGCACCCUUUCCGAGUGCCCCUGCCUGGCAUGCACAUCCCACUGCCCGGUGUAGCAAUGAUGCAGAUUGUAGGCGGUCCCUAUAUAAAGACAGUCUCCCCCAACAAUAACGGUAUGCUGCCCGGCAUGGCCCCUCCCCUUGUUCCCAUGAUGCACCACCCUCAGUUGGCUCUGGCGGCCCCCGCCUUGGCCGGCCUCCAGCUCCCGGAGUGGUCAGAGUACAAAACGGCUGAGGGCAAAACCUACUACUACAACAACCGCACACUGGAGUCCACCUGGGACAAGCCCCUGGAGCUACGGGAGAAAGAGAAAGAGGCCGAGAAGGCCAAAGAGAGGCAGCAGGCUUUGGAGGAGGAGGCCAUGGAGAUGGCAGACGAGGAGGCCAAAAUUGAGCCCCCUAAUGAGCUUAAGGAGAAGGUGAAGGAGGAGGAAAUGACUGAGGAGGAGAAAGCAGCACAGAAGGCCAAGCCAGUGGCCACCAACCCCAUCCCGGGAACUCCCUGGUGCAUUGUGUGGACUGGUGAUGAACGCGUCUUCUACUACAAUCCCACCACACGUCUUUCCAUGUGGGACCGACCAGAGGAGCUGGUGGGACGGGCGGACGUUGACAAGAACAUCCAGGAACCACCUCACAAGAGAGGCUUGGAGGACGCCACCAGGAAGCUGGGAAUCAGCAGAGAGGACCUGGAGGCGGCGACGGAGGAAGCUCUGGAGGAGGAGCCUGUGAAGGCCAAGAAAAGGAAGAAGGAGGAAGUGAAAGAGGCGGACUCUGAGAAAGAGGCAGCCAUGGAGGCGGAGCUGAAGGCGGCCAGGGAGCGGGCCAUCGUGCCCCUGGAGAACCGUAUGACACAGUUCAGGGACAUGCUGCUGGAGAGAGGGGUCUCUGCCUUCUCUACCUGGGAGAAAGAGCUGCACAAGAUUGUGUUCGAUCCUCGGUAUCUUCUGCUGAACCCCAAAGAGAGAAAGCAGGUGUUUGACCAAUAUGUGAAGACUCGUGCUGAGGAGGAAAGGAAGGAGAAGAAAAACAAACUGAUGCAGUCGAAGGAGGAGUUCAGGAAGAUGAUGGAGGACGCCAAACUCACCGCCAGGACAACGUUCAGUGAGUUUGCCUCCAAGCACGCCAAGGACACACGUUUCAAGGCCAUAGAGAAGAUGAAGGAUCGUGAGGUCAUCUUUAUCGAGUUCAUGACCGCUCUCAAGAAGAAGGAGAAGGAGGACUCCAAGAAUCGAGGGGAGAAGGUGAAGCACGACUUCUUUGAGAUGCUUGUGGACCACCACCUGGACGGGGGUCAGCGCUGGAGCAAGGUGAAGGACAAGCUGGAAGGAGACCCCCGCUAUAAGGCUGUGGAGAGCUCCAACACCAGGGAGGAGCUCUAUCGGCAGUAUGUGGACAAGCAGGCCAAGAACAUGGACUCUGACAAGGAGAAGGAGAUGGAGCGCGCCGCCAGGAUCGAGGCCAGCCUGAGGGAGAGGGAGCGGGAGGUGCAGAAGGCCCGCUCCGAGCAGACCAAGGAGAUCGACCGGGAACGGGAGCAGCACAAGCGGGAGGAGGCCAUCCAGCACUUCAAGGCCCUCAUGUCAGAUAUGGUGAGGUCAUCGGACGCGUCCUGGUCAGACACGCGCCGUAACCUGCGCAAGGACCACCGCUGGGAGUCGGCCUCUCUGCUGGAGAGAGACGAGAAGGAGAAGCUGUUCAACGACCACGUGGAGGCCCUCACCAAGAAGAAGAAGGAGCACUUCAGACAGCUGCUGGACGAGACAGUCAUGGUGAGGGACCGGGCUCUCCAUCCCACUGACACGGGGGCAGAAAACAUCACACUGACCACCACGUGGAAGGAGGUGAAGAAGCUCAUCAAGGAGGACCCUCGUUGCAUCAAGUUCUCCAGCAGUGACAGAAAAAAGCAGAGGGAGUUUGAAGACUACAUCAAAGACAAGUAUAUCACGGCCAAGGCGGACUUCAGGACGCUUCUGAAAGAAACCAAGUUCAUCACCUACAGGUCAAGGAAGUUGCUCCAGGAGUCGGACCAGCACCUGAAGGACGUGGAGAAGGUUCUGCAGAACGACAAGCGCUACCUGGUGCUGGAUUGUGUCCCCGAGGAGAGACGGAAGCUCAUCAUGUUUUACAUCGAGGACCUGGACCGCCGGGGACCGCCUCCCCCGCCCACCGCCUCGGAGCCCACGCGCCGGGCCAAGUGAACCGGGACGGCCCGAGAGCCAUCGCAUGACCCGGCCCUGCACCCCUCCUAGUGCAGUGUCAAAAACUGUAACGUCGUAAAACGCCUCAUCGUGAAACCUGGAAACAUGCAUCCCUGUAUUUAUUAACGCGGCGCGGGGUCGUGGCUCUCCUGCCCUGCCGACGGGGGGCCGUGCGCGCCUCCACUCUGUGACCUCUGACAUCUGGCUUGUGUAGCGAGGUCACAGGGAUGUGCGUGGCAAGGCGUCUGGUUUCCGGUCUGCUGCCGCAGUCGGCCGGCGGCUCGUAGGACAACAAUGUAAAUGAUGAUUUCUGCUGUUUCUGUGGCCGGGGCGUCGGAGGCCGUAGUUGCUGUUUGAGUGUGAUGACGUGCCAGCUCACAGUACAGUUCGAAUGUUAACAUUUCUUCUCCGUGGUUUAAUUUCAAUGCGUUGCUGUUUCUGUAAAUGUUUACUGGAAUAAAGGCAACUUUUUUUUUUUA